ACCACAAUGCAAAACGAGUACGAAAUAUUCUUAACCGAGCUCGCAGAAGACGAAUGGCCACCUCGUCCGGAAAUUAUCUCUGCCUUCAGGUCCCUCCUGGACAACCCCUCCAUCCCAGCCUCGAAACUCGCCAAAGAAAGCAUGUCAGGCACCAUUGCAAAAGCGGAAAAAGAAGACCCAACGCCUCACUACAGCGACCUCUGGUCGGUCCUCAUACCCGCUGUAGAGCGAUUCCCAGAACAAGGCGACCGCCUAGUGGACUUCGUGAUUGCCCUCCACGAACUUCCAGACUGCGAUGGCCAGUUUCGCGAGCUUAACGGGCUGUCGAUAUAUCUGAGCGAGUUCACCUUCAACCAUGUGGACAACUCAUCUAACGUCCCUGAGCGUGAUAUAAAACGACAGGGAUUCAUCAACGCCAAUAUCUUUACAGCAAAAUUAUAUCUUCGUCUUCCCCGCCCUAAUAAAUUCGGUUUCCUGAUCGAGUAUGGAGCGGAGGUCCUGCUCCGGACCUUUGAAGCGGCGCCUUGGGAAGAGUUUCAUUUUCCGCGCAUUGAGGACUAUAUCAGCCCUAUCGAUGACGAUGACGAGGAGGACUAUAAUAAGACGCGAGAUGAGGAGCUGGGAGAGGUCGAUGUUAGGAUCUUGAAUGGAUGGGUGCCUGCGGCAGCGGUGUGGAUUGAGUACUGUGGUAAGGAGAUAUAUAAGAAGGAGGGAUCAAUGGGAUGGGAGGCUGUUGCAUUUGGUAGGUGGACUGGUCCAAAGGGCUGGUCGAAGGAACGAUGGGCAUAUUGGAAGAAGAGAGCUGCGUGGGUUUCAACCGUUACGGCGUUGGAUCGGAAGACAAGAAGGAUUGCGAAGAGCAUGAUGGAGCGGAUGGAGAGGAUUGAGGGGGGGGGGGGAUGGGGUUCUGUGAAUCAAUGA